AGUCAGGGGUCACGCGCCUCGGAGCGCGGACGAGCCAAUCAGGGGCUUGGCGUAUUUUACAAACUGGGGAAGUAGCUGCAGCAGAAGCCGAGUCAGGGAGAAAGCGAAACAGUGGGGGAGACCCUGAGAGGUUCCGGGGAAGCCGUCAUGACCACCCUCCAAACCAAGAAGAAUCCUCUCCUCCGGGGUGUGUCACCCACCCCUAGCAAGAUUCCGGUACCUUCAAAGAGAUGCCCACCUCUCCCCGCUGUCAAGCCCUGCGCCCUGGACCAGGAGAACCAAGAUCCAAAGAGAUUGGAGCAGAAGACCAGUAUUCAACGUCCCCUUCUUGACUCAGCAUGCCCCAGGCCAAAAGCCACCCAUCAAGAAGAGAAAUCAGAGAGACUGGCGGGGAGCACUCUGCCUCGGAACCCCUUGGAGGAGCUCAGGCCUAGCCCUAGGGCACAAAAUGUGGGGCCUGGGCCCCCUCCCCAGACAGAGGUUCCAGGGGUCAUAGAGUUUGUGGCUGACCCUGAGGCCCUGGCUACCAUCCUGUCAGGUGAGGGGGUGAAGAGCUGUCGCCUGGGGCGCCAGCCCAGUCUAGCUCAGAGAGUACUGGUUCGAGGGAGCCAGGGAGGCACCAUCCGGAGGGGCCAGGGUGCCCGGGCCUCUGCAUAUUUAGCCCCCAGAACCCCCCAAAAUCGACUGGACCCUGCCAGGGCUUCCUGCUUUUCAAGGCUGGAGGGACCAGGACCCCGAAGUCGGACCUUGUGUGCCCAGAGGCUAGAGGCUGUGAUUCCACCUUCAGGACCUUCCUUUCACUCCUCUGCUCGCCCCAGCUUCCAGAGGCUAAAAAGAGAAACAGGUGGCAACAGCAGGACUUCAGUGAGCCAGGCCUUGGGAUUGCUCCUGGAGACCCCAGCCCAGCCUGCUUCUGUCCCAGAAGGAGAACAUGAAGUUGCCACUCACUCAGAUGAAGAAGGAAAGGGCCCUCUCAGUCUGACCCAGUGGGUUCCAUUGAGAGAAACCCAAGAGAUAACGCACACCAAGGACCGCCGGGACUGCCACUCAGUGCCUUCCCCUGGCCAUGUGCUGUUACCGUCUAUCACUCGCCCGUCCCCCUUUGGACUGGCUCAGCGUGUGCCCUCGCCGGGCCCCUCAGCUCUGACCUCACAUUCAGUGUUGCGGCGUCAUGCCAUUCACCCCAAAACCCAAUUCACACCCAUCCCAUCGGCUCCCAGAGCUCAGCAGGUCCGAUGUUUGAGUGGCCUCUCUCCUCAGUCUUGCCCUGAAGAGCCCGCCCUGUCCUGGGAGCAGAUUGCAGUCCGGUUAUUUGACCAGGAGAGUUGUAAAAGGUGGCAGGAGGGGCCCGGGAAACCACCUGUGGCAACUCCUCAUGGACCCCACCCCACUAGAACCCCCAACUUCCAGGAGCUGAAGAUGCAGCGCAUCAGUAUCCUGCAGCAGCUUUUGCAGCAGGAGGUUGAAGGGCUGGCAGGGAGCAAGCAUGCCCCCCUUAAUGGAGGAUCCUCUCUGGAUAUGGUUGAACUUCAGCCCCUGCUGGCAGAGAUUCCUAGAACUCUGAAUGCCCCACAGCAUAAUCCUGGGGCUUCUCACCUUCCUGAACUGUUACAACACUCUGGACUGCCAGAGCCCUGCCCUCCAGAGGAGUGUGGGGAAGCACAGCUCUGCCCUGGAGCAGAGCCUGCGGUCGCUCAGGCCUGCCCCCCAGUGGAGUCGGGGCCACCAGAGUCCUGCCAUAGGAGGAAGCCCGAGAUUCCAGAGCCUGCCACCCAGGAACAGCCUGCGGUGUCUGAGGCCUGCCCUCCAGUAGAGCCUGGACCCCUUCCAGCCUGCUCCUCUUGGGUGGAGCCUAGGGCAUCAGAGGCGGGCUCUCUGGAACCUAGGAGUACAGAGUGCAGCCCGCAGCCCUGCUGCUGUCAGUGGGCUCCAGUGACCACCAGUGUGACCUUCUCCUCCCAGCACCCACUUUGUGCCAGCCCCCCUAUCCGCUCACUCCAGUCUCUGAGGCCCCCAACAAGCCAGGCAGGCCCCAGUAGUCUGGCUCCCCGAACCCUAGCCCUGAGGCAGCGCCUCAAAGCAUGUCUGACGGCCAUCCACUGCUUCCAUGAGGCGCGCCUGGACGAUGAGUGUGCCUUCUACACCAGCCGAGCACCUCCCUUGGGCCCCUCUCGGGUCUGCACCAACCCUGUGGCCAAGUUGUUGGAAUGGCAGGACGCCCUGUGUUUUAUUCCAAUUGGUUCUGCUGCCCCUCAGGACUCUCCAUCAUGAGGCACCCACCUCCACCUGCUCCUGCCCUUCCUUGCUCCUUCCUUUUAGCCCUUAUUUAUUUAGCCCUCAGGACUCCCCAUGGGAGUGGGAGCCAGCACCCUUUUGUCCUUCAAUAAAGUUUCUUAAGUGUCU